AUGGGAGUUUUCUCUGAUUUGUGUGAUAAAGGGCUAGUAUCUGAUGCUUAUGCUUAUACUUUUCUAAUUUCUGGUUUCUGUAAGCAAUGUAAUAUGCUAGAGGCUUUCAGGCUUCAUGAGGGUAUCGAUCCUAACAUCGUCACUUAUAAUGCCUUAAUAGGUGGACUAUUGAAAUCUAGUAAGAUAGAGAGAGCUAAAGAACUGUUUGGUGGACUAUCCAAGAAAGGUUUGACACUUAAUGAGGUGACAUAUGCUACAAUGAUAGAUGGAUGCUGCAAGUCUAGAAAUAUUGAUGAAUCGUUCAUUUUAUUGGAAGAAAUGACAUCAAAGGGGGUUCUGCCAGAUGAUUUUGUGUACAAUGCUCUUGUCAAUGGGUGUCGUAAGAUAGGAAACAUGGAGAAGGCAUAG